CCCGCACUGCACGGGUUAAGCGGUGACAGGAACAGGGUGUGACGGCUUUACCUCUCUCCCCCCCCCUCGGGGUGACGUGUACGCCCAUCCUCCGCCCACCCUGCCCUGCUGGGACUUGCAGCUGUCAUUACAGAAAGUCCUAGGUGGCACCUUGUUCGGGCGGUGAAGACGUCCAGGAGCCGCACGGUAAACGCAGGAGCCUCAGCCGCUCCAGCCAUCACCAUGGUGUUAAAUACGGACGUGGCCAGUGAUUUGACGUCUCAGGAGAGAGAAGAACUGGAGAACAUCCAGAGAAGAAAGCAGAAACUGCUGGAGGACAUACAGAAACUUAAGGAAGAGAUAGCAGAAGUUACAAAUGAAAUUGAAAAUUUGGGAACCGUGGAGGAGAGGAAAAAUAUGCAAAAGAAUAAACAGAUUGGAAUGGGAAGAAAAAAGUUCAACAUGGACCCUAAAAAGGGUAUUCGGUUUUUGAUUGAGAACGAGCUGCUGGCAAAUACACGUGAGAGCAUUGCUCAGUUUUUGUACAAAGGAGAAGGAUUAAACAAAACGGCUAUUGGAGACUAUUUGGGGGAACGAGAUGAUUUCAACAUCCAAAUACUUCAUGCAUUUGUGGAGCUUCACGAGUUCACAGACCUUAACUUGGUGCAGGCGCUUCGUCAGUUCCUGUGGAGUUUUCGCUUACCAGGAGAAGCCCAAAAGAUUGACCGCAUGAUGGAGGCAUUUGCACAACGUUACUGUCAGUGUAACCCCGGAGUCUUUCAGUCUACAGACACGUGCUAUGUAUUGUCUUUUGCCAUCAUCAUGUUAAAUACGAGCCUGCACAAUCCCAAUGUCAAAGAUAAACCAAAUGCCGAACGUUUUUUCUCCAUGAACCGUGGCAUAAAUGAUGGAGGGGAUCUACCUGAGGACCUUCUAAAGAAUUUGUAUGACAGUAUAAAGAAUGAACCAUUUAAAAUUCCCGAAGAUGACGGAAAUGACCUAACUCACACGUUCUUUAACCCAGAUCGUGAAGGCUGGCUAUUAAAAAUGGGAGGUGGUCGUGUUAAGACAUGGAAAAGACGCUGGUUCAUUCUGACAGACAACUGUCUGUACUAUUUUGAGUACACAACGGACAAGGAGCCUCGGGGGAUUAUACCUUUAGAAAACUUAAGCAUUCGGGAGGUUGAAGACUCAAAGAAACAUAAUUGUUUUGAGCUGUUUAUACCAGACAAUAAGGACCAGGUAAUCAAGGCAUGCAAGACAGAGGCUGAUGGCAGAGUCGUAGAGGGGAAUCACACAGUGUACCGAAUCUCUGCACCAACGCCUGAAGAGAAAGAUGAAUGGAUGAAAAGUAUAAAAGCUGCAAUUAGCAGGGACCCGUUUUAUGAAAUGCUGGCCGCCCGAAAAAAGAAGGUCUCCUCUACCAAGAGACAUUAAAAUAUUUUUCUGUGAAGCAGAAAGUGUACGGUACACAGUGCAACAAGAGGUGUCUAUCUGCUUAUCUGGCCUUCUGCAUCCUGGAAUAAUGCAAUUACGUGCCUUUUUAUUACCUAUUUAUUACUGUUUUCAUGUUCUCUAUGUACUGCCAGUACUUCGUCAGAAUUUUUCUCCUGAGCAGGUUUUUUUUUUUUUUUAUUCAGUGCAAUACCUGUUGUCUACUUCACAGUGUGACUUCAAGAUUCCCGUAAGAAUGUGGGUGCUGGGCAGUGCAAUUAAUAGGAAGUCCUGUCUGCUUUUGACAUUUGCUGAUUAGCCAAAAUCUUCUGACAGGAUUCCACUUAAAGGGAUUUUCUAAAAAGCGUAGCUGCUUUCUUCCAAUAACAGCACCAGUCCUCUCCGCAGGUUGGUUGUGGUACUGCAGCUUGGCCCCAUUUGACUUUAGGGUGGGGCUGAAGAAAGCAGCUAUGUUUUUGUAAUCCUGUACAUGUCUAUGAUGGCCAUAUUGAAUGGCGCGGUGAUGCAGUAUAUGUAGCAGCAUUCAUACCCCUGGACUCUGGUUCUUGCUGUUCUCGGUGCCCCGUUGCACUUUUAUAAUUAUUAUUAUUUUUUUAUAUUCUUAAAGCUUGCACAGUUUCAUGGUCCUGUAUUUAAAACUUCAAACUGCCCAUUGUCCCUUUGUUCCUGCUUAGCCUGGAAAAGUAUUUUGGACACAGUUUAUGUUGGUGUGUCACAUUUUAUGUCUUCGUGAUAUAUAUGUAAACUUUUGUCCUAAUUUAUAGCUGGAAAUGUAUGAUUGCUUUUCUGUAUGUAACAAAUACAUUAAAUGGAUAAUAAUAAAUUGUGUGUGUAUAACCUAGGUCAUUAAAGUAUGCAAUAGAAAUCAUC